AUGACUUCAACACGAAAAACACAAAAUGUUUUUGCUCAUAGUCCUUCACUGCAAAUUCUUUGGAAAUGUGCUGGCCAACGACGUUUAGUAACAAAAGCUUUGAUCAAUUCAGCAAGUUUCAAAACUAUCUACAAAGAUGUUCUUCAAUAUGUCAAUUCGACAACUCGUCGUCGUUCGCCAUUAGCAUUGGUUCUUGAUAGUCAUCUCUUGCUUGGUCUGACAUAUGUUUACUCAAAAAGCGUUAUUCUGUGGCAUCAGGAUGUGGAAAAAUUAUAUAAGGAUGCGGUGGUACAUCGGUUUUUUGAAUUCGACGAUCCGACAAAAGCGAAAUUAACUCGGAAAAAAGAAACAGUGUUAACGACUACACAAUGGCAAAUUGAUAUCGACGAAAAUCUCUUACCUGACGAACGAAUGCUAUUAGAACGAGAUUUCUCAAUUGAAUUACCGCGGCAAUCAACGCCACCAGAACGUAUUCAAACACCGGACAACUUACCUCCGCUUCCAUGGGAAGUAUCCAAACCAACUCAUGGAAAACGUAUAACCUUGUUGCCUGAUAUUGAAGAACCAAUGCCGACAUUCGAUAUCAUCGAUGAUCGCUUCGGUGAACCAUUACCUGCUUCACAACAACCGCCACCGACUACAACAGUAAUGGAUGUCGAUGAGCGCGAAGAUCGAACGUUCUUUCGCGCUGCAUCGGAGGAAAGAAGCAAAGAAUUACUUCGAGCACCCCGAGCUGAUCGACACAUGGGUACGAGUGAUCGGCAUAUUCAUCCCAGUGAAGAACGAACAAUUGAUGAACAUCGACCACAACGCUCGGCAACAUCUGAUUUACCACCACCAUUGCCAAUCUUACCAAUGGAUACAACAGUAGUCACACCUGUUCCAUCAGAUCGUCCCACAGCUAUUACGCGUGAUCAGUUCUCAACCGAUGCAUUGGCUUUUAUUACCAGUGCAAUCGAUACAUAUCCAAUUUAUAGUACAACGCCAACAAAAACUAUUCUAUUCGGCGCCGAUUGUAUUCCAAGUGGUAAUGUUCCAUUGAUUACUGUCCAAGAACCGACAAUGAUUGGUGUUGAUGAAAUGCCUGUACAAAUGGAUACAUUACCGGACCAACAAUUGCCACAUGAUGUACCUAUGGGUUUAGGUAUCGAUGCUCAAGUACCUGAUGUGAAUAUGGUUUCAUCUGAAAAUAAAAAGGAAUAUUUUCGUGUUUCGAAAAAGAAACGCAAUGCACCAAAUGCAUUGAACAAAAAACGAAAAGAUGUAGCACUUUAUCGAGAUAUUGUUGAUUUCAAUUAUGAUGCAUUGAGAGAAUAUGAGGAAGAAGAACAAGAAAUAUUUGAAAAGAAUAAACAACAAUACAAACCAUGGCCCACAUUAAUUGGUCGAAACGGAACCAAACGAAUGAACAACUUAUUGGAUAAAGCUAAAACGGCGUUAUCAACAGUCGAUCUUGAUGCUCUUAUCGAUGAUAUUGCAAAUAUUGCCAAAGUAUUUACUGAUCCAGAUGAAUCCGUUAAUCUUGCUCAAAUACGUCGUACAGGUCAAGAAUUAGCAAUUCGACGCGGUCAAUCAAGUGGUCUUCUACCGAAAGCAGGCACUCGAUCACCUUCAUCAAUUGUCCCAACAUUGCAAGACCGUGCAUCUCAAUUACCACCAACAACCAGUGAUGGAGGCAUACUUCCGACAUUUCCCAGUGGUUUUGAUGAUCUUCCGAUCAAUCUGCCGCAACCAUUCGAACCAUUGCCUGAUAUUCAACAGCCACUUUCGCCAUUACAAUCAAAACGACGAGCUCAAAGUAUCGUUCCGGCACCAGUUGAACCAUUACCAACUUGGCAGGAUAAACAUAAACAAAAAGCGAUCGAUGAUCUUCUCACUUCGGCGAGUAAACCCGAUGGUGGAGCAUUUAGCGAGUUUCUCAAUCAAUCAGAUACAACUCGAAUUCAAGCAUCACGCCUUUUCAGUGUUUUACUUGUACUUUGUGGUGAAGGACGAUUGAAGGCACACCAAAAAGAAGCUUAUGGUGAAAUCAGUCUUUUUAUUAAUGAUAAAUACUAUUCAAGCAAACAAUUUCAACCUAAUAUUCAUAAUUUGUCACCCAUGGAAAGUGAUGACAAUCAAUUUUAA